AUGGGCUCCGGUGUCCUUCCCAAUCGGUGCUCACCACCCAAACCUUCUUCUCGCACUUCGUUUGUCGCCCAGUUCAACUGCUCUCAAGACUCAAUCCUCCUCUCGACUCCAGAGGCCGCCAUUGUCAUCGUGUCCCUGGUGUCUAUCAGGGACGCCUUCCACGACUUCGAACUGCGACACUGGGUCGUCACGUUGUAUCUGCUCACCUAUGCCGGGGUUCCAGUCAUAUUCGUCCAACUCAGCGACAUACUGGGGAGGAAGUUCUUCAUUCUCUCGACCCUGGCCGUUGUCGCCAUGUUCUCCAUCGUGAAUCUCGUCGCCGUCACGUCUCUGGUCAUCGUUGUCAGCUCAGUUCUCGGCCCAGCUCUGGAAGGCAUCGUCAACAAUCACCAGAGUUGA